AUGGAGAAGAAAACACUAACCAACAAUGUUGUAGUGAGGAGGCUCAAUUUCCCAGAGUCACCUUACAUCGGAUAUGACGGCAGACAGAGUUACCCUGGCCAUCCUCUCAAUUUCGACUGCCUCCGGCCUAUCCCUCCAAAUUGUAUGAAUUCCUCUCUGGAUAGAGCGAUAAGAGAAGUCCCGUGGCAACCUCGGUCGGAGAUCCUCGAUAGACGUAUUGUGGAACCUAAAUACAUGGAUGAAUGCAAGGGUACCCCUCGUCAAGAGUACCAGGAGGGGUUGGUUGACGGCAUACGUGUACGGCAAGUUUUCAAUCCGUAUGUUAAGAUGGACAACUACCAAACAAAUAUGUAUAACUAUUGGGAUUCCCGUGAUAACAGCUCCUGGGAUCCUAGGAAAACGUCGUUAAGAGGAGGAAGGAAAAUGUAUAACAUUCCAGAGGACUUGUUUCCUUAUAAGGAUGAGUUGGGCGAGUGGCAUCCUCCCAGGAUAUCGGGUCGAUACGCUGCUGAUGUCCGCAAGCAAUAUUACAUACACAGUUUGCCGUGGAUAUGGGACCAAGAUGCGAUGGAUGCUGGGAAGAAGCACUUUAUGGACCGCGAGCCUCUGGGCAAUAAACGAUGGUUCCGCCGAGAAUAUAGGAAAGCCAAGACAGCGGAAGCACUGAGGGGGAUGGACGCUCUUGUGGAGGAGUAUAGGAGAGAGACUAGGGCUGCGAAACCGUAUACUUGGUUCGAGAGGACUGUCCAUGAAAUGGCUGGAAACCAGAUAGCGCCGAAAUACGUGCGAGUGCGCAAACUGCCAAAAAUGUGA